AUGGAUGUAUCGACUGAGUGCCUGGCCACUGAGCAGUGCCCAGCCCGAGCGGAGAAGAAGCUCUCGGAGACGGCUGCAGUGACCACUCUGACACAGAAUGUGCUGGGCUCCGGCGUGCUGGCGCUGCCCUAUGCCAUAUCUUCGGCUGGAGUUGUUGGAGGCUUGGGGAUGCUGCUGUUCGUGUACUUGCUCUCGGUGUUCACCAUGGCCAUUCUGGUUGCUUUGAGCAACACUCUGGGAACUUUCAGCUAUCAUGGCGCAGCCAGCCGCACAGCCGGACCCCGCACAGCCAUGUGGGCUGAGAUUUGGGUUCUGUGCUGCAACCUUGGACUUUGCAUCAGUUAUGUUAUUCUCCUUGGAGACUUUGCGUUUGCCCUGGCUGAGCAAUUCGGCUUUCACCACGCCUCCAAGAGCGGAUGUAUGGCUACUCUCGUGGUCUGUAUUUGCUGGCCGCUCUCCUGCGCUCCAUCCCUGGGCUUUCUCAGGUGGAUGAGCUUGGUGGGGCUGGCCAGUAUUUUGUUUGCCGCAGUGGCUGCUGGGCUGCGAUUCUUCGACGGAUCUUACUUCGAUGCGGCAGGACCUCCCAAGCUGUCCGCCUUCGAGUCGGCAAGCUUUGGAAAUUGCUUUCCCAUCCUGGUUGGCGCCUUUGGUGCUCACACCAACAUUCCGCUGCUGUACAAAGAGCUGGCCCCCGGCGCGGCAACGCCAAACUGGGGCAGGACCCAGGAAGGGCAGGCUGACUUCUGGAAGAUGAUGCGAGUCAUUUGCUACUCCUUGUCCAUUUCCAGCGUCAUCUAUGGCUGGGUCGGCAUCGUUGUCUAUGCCACAUUCGGUCCUAAGACCAAAAGCGACUUCUCCGAGAACUUCCGCGCAGAUGACCAGCUUCUGGUUGUCCUACGCUUGACGAUGACAUGUGCGAUAUGUAGCUCCUUUGCGCUCAUGAUGAUGUCUGCAAGGGCGGCCGCUUUCAAUUUGUUUCUGUUGCCGCUGGGCUGUGCUGUAAAGCCCGUGUCGCGAGUGAUGGUUGCUACCAGCCUCUCAGCCAUUUGCUUGGGCGUAGCCACCGUUGCCAAAGAGAUCGGCACUGUUUUGGCCUACAAUGGCUCAGUGUUUGCAACACCAGUGUGCUUUGUGGCACCUCCUUUGAUGUACCUUUGCUUGCCAAGGCAAAGCCGGCAAGCGUGCUGGAGCAUCCUCUGCAUUCUUUCCGCCUUUGCUGGCACGGCAUUCGGCCUCUACGGAGUUGUGCUCACCUUGGGAUCGCACACAUGA